AUUUCUAACUAUCAUUUCAACAAGACGUUCAAAAAUGUUCAAAUUUACUGUAAUCUUAUUUGUAGUGAUGACACUCAGCGAAGUGUUUAGUUUUCCGCAACAACAACCUUUAGACCAGCAAAAUUAUCAGCAACAACAAGCUUUCCAACAGCCUCGUAAUUCACAACAGCAACAACAACAGCAAUACUCAAAUAGUCCCGCAAUUCCGAUUGUUUCUCAAACUCAGACACUUGACGGAAGCGGAAAUUUCAACUACGCUUUUGAAACUGCUGAUGGUAUCAGAGAGGAAGGAAGUGGACAGCUUAAAAGUCUCAGAGUUCCCCAAGUUGAUCCAUCAACCGGACAAGUUGUAGGUGAAACAGAAGGUCAAGGAAUUGUUCAACAAGGCAGAUACUCCUACACAGCCCCAGACGGCCAACAAAUUGAAGUCACUUACAUUGCUGAUGAAAACGGUUUCCAACCACAAGGUGCACAUCUUCCAGUUCCACCUGCACCGCAAGUACGUUUAAGUAAAAGUUGUGUCAAAAUGUUCAAGUUUACUUCAAUUUUCUUCUCAAUGCUUGUCGUGCAUAACGCCGUUGCACGUCCUCAAACACCUCCACAACCAGCAGCUUCAAGUGGACCCACAGCUUCCAUAGUCUCAUCAUCUCAAUCAGAUGACGGAAAUGGCACAUUCGCAUAUGCUUUCGAAACAAGCGAUGGAACAAAGCAAGAAGCCAGCGGACAAUUGAAAAGUUUUAAAGUUCCCGAUUAUGAUGCAAAUGGACAAGCUUCAGGCCAAAGAGAUGAUUCAGGAGUUGUCAUCCAAGGAAGUUACUCAUACAUUGCACCCGAUGGACAAACAUAUGAAGUGAAAUAUAUCGCAGAUGAAAAUGGAUUCCAACCGCAAGGAGCACACAUUCCCUCUGCUGGUGGAGCUCCACCUCAACAAGAACAGCAACAACAACAAUAGUCGUCUCAUAAAUAAACUACAAAUCUAAAUAAAAGUGUAUAUAAAAUAUAAGUGAAAUAAAAGUGGAUUUGAAGAAGAUUUUCCAAAGAAAACAUUUGGGAUUUACAUUUGCUGAAAAAACAAAACC